CAUAUGUUUGUUGUCAAACGUCAGAAGCACGUUGUCGGUUGUUGCUUGUCAAAAUUCUCUCAUAUUUUGUUCACACUUUUACAGGUAUUUAUUGUGAAUUAACAUGAAAGUGAAGGAAAAGCAACCUAAGCGAUAUUUCGUCACCAGUGACGAUACAUCUGCUCAAAAAACCAAACACAAGAAGAAAUUUAACAAGCAGAAUGUCACUAAAAAUAAGUUUACUUCACGAAAGGAAAAAAAUACACAAAAGACUAAAAAUAAUGAAGAUGUCGAAGUAUAUGACGUCAAAAUUACUCCAAAAAUGUAUCAUGCACAAAGAUCUCAAGACAAGAAACCAAUACGACAAAAACCAAAUUUUAAAAGAAAAAAACCACAAAAUUUUCCUGGUAAGGCCCCAUUGAAUCCAAAAAAGUUAGAAGAAUAUUCCCGAGGUGAACGCUUUCAAGGCAGAGGUGUCAAGAAUCCUCUGCACAAUUUAAAAUUAAAAAAGAAAGACCGGAAAAUCCACUAUGCGGAGAAGCAGGCGGCUAGAGCUGAGAUAUUGUUAACUGAAGAUCAAGGUGGUAUUGAAAUAGAAGAUGAAGACUACAAGACAUUGGCCAUCACACAAAAAGUAAUUGCAGAUAAUGUAGACAUAGCAGCAGCUGCGAAGAUAUUUGAACUUAAUCUUGAAUUUGGACCAUAUAGAGCAAAGUAUUCACGUAACGGUAGACAUUUGCUUUUGGGCAGCAGAAAAGGACAUCUGGCUGGCUUUGAUUGGGUUACUAAGAAAUUACAUUUUGAAAUAAAUGUUAUGGAAUCUAUACAUGAUAUAAGUUGGUUACAUGUGGAGACAAUGGUGGCGGCGGCCCAAAAGGAGUGGCUAUACAUAUACGACAACAAAGGUAUUGAGUUGCAUUGUGUCAAACGAAUUGACAAAGUAUUGAGAAUGGAGUUUCUGCCGUAUCACUUUUUGUUGGCAUGUGUGAGUGAAUAUGGAUUUUUAACAUGGCUUGACAUAUCUAUUGGAGAGAUAGCUGGACAUUACAAUAACCGUCUUGGAAGGACGUUAUCGAUGACACAUAACCCAUAUAAUGCAACAUUAUGUUUAGGCGAUUCAAAGGGAGUAGUGUCAUUAUGGGCACCUACUGUAAAGGAACCACUUGCAAAGAUAUUGUGUCACAAAGCUCCAGUGACAGCCAUUUCUGUUAAUAAAAAUGGAAUGUAUAUGGCAACAUCAGGCGUAGACAGAAGCAUGAAGAUAUGGGACAUAAGGAAGCUUGAUGGACCGCUCCAACAUUACAUGUUGCGAUCAGCUCCGGUCGAUUUAGAAUUCUCACAGAAAAAUAUGCUUGCUGUUGGCCUCGGUGACAUAGUUGAAAUUUACGACAAUUGUUGUACCCGAACUGCUGAGAAACCUUACAUGCGGCAUAAAAUGGCGAAAACAGUGAACAAUUUCAAAUUCUGUCCAUAUGAAGAUGUUCUCGGAAUCGGUACUAACCGAGGCUUCACUAGUAUUAUUAUACCAGGCAGUGGAGAGCCUAACUUUGACGCGUACGAGAGCAAUCCGUUUCAGACGAGAAGCCAAAGGAAAGAAGCCGAAGUCAAGGCACUUCUUGAGAAAAUACCUGCAGAGCUUAUUACGCUCAAUCCAUUUGAGGUUACAGAGGUGGAUGUGCCUUCCAUGAGGGAGACUUUGGAAGCUAAGAAAAAGCUAUUGCAUGUGAAACCUAAAAGGGUUGAUUUAAGACCUAGGAAUAAGAAUAAAGGUAAAAAUAGGAUUACAAGACAGAAGAUAAUCAAAGAAACAGCUCGAAAGGAACAAGUGCAGCAAGUUAAAGAGGCACAAGGAAUAUUAAAGGGAUCAGAAAAACAAAAGAAACCUAAUCAACCUUCAUUUGGUGUACUCAACAGAUUUGUGUCAAACCCAAAAUCUAAUAAAUAAAACAAUUUAAUUAUAGUAUAA